AUGUUAAAAUUGGAAACCAAACACAAAGAAUACUAUGGUAAAAUAGAAGAGAUUGUGACCAAUUGCACCAACGGACUUAUUGCCAAUCGGCCAUCAUGUAUGGAAAUACUUGAGUGCCGGAGCAAUUGGGCACCGGUAUAUGAAAGUGUUAGAGUAGAUAUCGGCAUGAUGGGCAUUGAUUCAAGCGUUAAUUAUGAUCACGAUAAAAAUUUUGUUGAAUAUUUUUUGGCCGUUAAACGCAAUGCUAACGAUUGCGCAGAAAAAUCAGCAAACGAUGCAAAAAACAAAAUGGAGCUCGAGUUGGAUUUUUCAGUGAGCACGAACUAAAGCUAACAAUUAAAUCAAUAGAAUUAUGGUCAAAAUUGGACAAUGAAUAUUUCGUAAAAUACCAUGAUCAUUGGGUUGAAUUUGAAAACGAGCCAAAUGACCGUGUUCCAUAUUUGUACAUUCAAAUGGUGUUAUGCUGGCUAUCAUUGGGUACACUAAUUGAACAAAUGCUUAACUACUUUCAAUCAGAGCGCAAACAAUUGUAUAACCCAUUGGGAUAUUAUAUGGCAUCUGAGUUAAUGGUAGAAAUUGUGACCGCGGUGAAAAUAUUACACACUGGCAAACCGCCAAUAAUACACCGUGAUAUAAACUUGAAUAAUGUUUUAAUAUUUCCACACAACAAACAUCCUGGUAAGUAUGUAAAAUUGUCGGAUUUUGGCCUGGCCGUUUACCACGAUCCCCAGGCCAUGUCACAUACACAGAAUAAGGGCACUGAACGUUA